UGGAUUCGGGUUUAUAUACAAUCUAACGGGAGGAGAGUCUGUGUCGGUGCUCGGAGGGAAUUCCUUCACUGAAAACCCCCACCAACGUCUAACGAUCACGACUUUCAUUUUCUAGUUAGACCAUUGUAUAUCCAAAUUCCACUCUCCUUAGUCUAUAAACGGAAACACGAAAAUUAUACCAGCGCCUCUAACAUUGAUAGAAAAAUUAGACCUAUAAAAUUUUAAAUACCUUUGGAGAUGGCGCGUGCAAUUCUUACGUGUGUUUUGGGAUGUCUUCUCAUGGCGUGCUUCAGCCUGGGUCACCGUAUGCCCAAUUUCAUAGCCCAGGAUGACCUCAGCGACGGGCAGCACGAGAUUCGAAUUCACUUCAACGGGGUUAACGCCAAGCAAACGUCAGUGGGACAUGACCAAGGAAGUGAGAGCGGCCUCGUCCUCCGCCAGAUAAGUCACCACCGGCAUCUGCUCACCCUCAUCUACGUCGGCGAGGUGACGGACCGCAUCAGCGUGGACGGCCUCUCGCUCAGAGACUGCGAGCUCACUUCGGAGAGAGAGGAGGUGGAGAAAUUCAUACGCGGGUUCAAGGCAGAUGCGGCGCUCGCUAGGAACACACCUGCGGGAUCUUGGUCUGGGCCGCUUCAUAACAUAUCAUUUGUACACUUGUCCGAGGAGGCAGAACUUCCGGAAUACCUGAGGCCUGUUGUUCACUUCCGGCAGCUGAGGGCCCAGUGCAAGGACCACCACCGUCGCGUGCGGGCCGGAGUCAAGGCGGAGAGGCGCUCGCACAGGAGCCACGGAGCCGCCAGCGUAACGCGAGACGAGAACAGCGAGCUCGGGGUCUCCCACGCCAGGUCUCGGCGCUCGGUCCUCGACAGCCUGAGGUUCCCGGCGACAAAGUGGUGCGGCGUCGGGUACUCGGCGACGGUGUACGGCGAGCUCGGGGGCGAGUCCAGCACGGACAUGUGCUGCCGGCAACACGACCUCCAUUGCCCUUACUACGUCACCUCCUUUGAAAAGAAAUACGGGAUCGUGAACUGGGGUAUUGGCACCAUUAACCACUGCGCCUGCGACGAGAGGUUCCGCGCGUGUCUCCGCAAGUCGAAGACGGGCGCGUCCAACAUGGUGGGCACCGUGUUCUUCGACGUCGUCAAGACCCGCUGCUUCGUGUUCAAGAUGGAGAAGACCUGCAAGAAGUGGUCGUGGUGGGGCAGGUGCGAGAAGUACGGCAUGGAGAAGGUCGCCAGCCUGCGCGACCCCAUUCCCUGGAGCUCCUGAAUGAUGUGAGACGGUUUUCAAGAAUUAGAGACCGGACGCGACCGCCAUGGACGAGACGGAACGGCGUAUCUUCUUGGCGGUUCAGAGGUCUGGAAUAUUUCGGCGUUCGAAUCAACGGGAAAUGGGACUUGAAGGAUGGACCUAGUCCUUGUCCAACCUGUUUCUCAAGGCUUUAAAGCAGGAAGACCCAGCGGAUGGUUCUAGCUACAUCUUCGGCCAUCUUCUAACACCCUCUUUAACUCUCCCUCACCCUCGAGUAUCCUUUUCCAACUCCGAGAAUUUUUCUCAAAGCCUCUCAUAUCUGGAGGAUGAGCCUCGUCUCCAGCCCUACCCCUACCCCCUUUCCCCUCACCUCUCCCUUCCUAGCCCUCCCUCCCUCAUUCCCUCCCUCCUUGUCCUCCUCCUUCGCUUGUUCCUUGCCCCCCCUCCCCCUCCAAGAGGAUCUGCCCCUCCGAGCCGCGUUGUUACCAAAGAAGGAAAGGCGUCCCCAGGAGGAGGCUGGCGCGAGUCCAAGCGAGUCCCCUUGUGGUUCCUAGCGAGUUCCUAGCGAGUCCCUUGCGCUCCACCCAGGAGGCCCUUCGCGGACGCCUCGCUGUGCCAUGUGUCAGUAUGGACCAGACUCUUCUGUGUUCCAGUUUGAAGGUACCUGAGCGAUCAUCUCUACAAAAGUAAAGGCGUAUAUAGGUUUAUAGAGGAGUUUAGUACAGGUAUAUAUAUGUGUGAGUAUGAAAGUGUAUGCGGUUGCGUUAUUGUGUAUGUAUGGAUAUGUAUAUGGAUAUGUGUAUAUAUAUUUGUAUAUAUAUGUAUCUUUAUAUAUGUGUAUAUAUAUAACAAAUAAAAAAAAUGUGUGUCAUAAAUACAAGUGCUUCUAAACGCAUUUAUAUAUAUAUAUAUAUAUAUAUAUAUAUAUAUAUAUAUAUAUAUAUAUAUAUAUAUAUAUAUAUAUAUAUAUAAAUGUUGAAGCACAUUCCAUGUUAAUUCUAGACAGUCAAGCGUUAUCCACGUUUAGUUCAGAGAAAAGACUCUAGAAUAUACUUAACUCUGCCGUCCGGUUCUGGAGAAUCUGUGUAUGAUGAGCAUUAUAUACUAUAGCUAUGGCGUUUCCACUGUGGAACAAAUAAAAUCAAAACUAUAAGUAUCCAUAAAAGCUGCAAAGAAGUAUGUCUUAAAGUCACCCUCAUCACCAUCAGUCAUCGCAUUUUCUCAUCGUUCUCAUGUUCCCGUCGCCGUCACAAUCAUCUCCUUCAUUUCCUUGUAUAUCUUCCUAGCGAGUGGUGACCCCGCCGUGUUAUCCGGUGCUGUUCAUAGUAUGCACGUUACGGUUGUCCAGUCCGGCAACGUAUGUUCUUUUUUAUUACGAUUACAGUCCGGCAACGUACAUGUUCUUUUUUUUAUUACGAAUAGUCUUCAGCUGCAAUGACUUCGCAGUGGAGCUUUCGUCCUGUUGUAUGAUCGGUCUACUAAUAGUCUUGUAAAUAGUCAGGCAUUUAAAGAGAGAAGUGUCAAGAAUGCGUCCUGUGAAUAACGUUCAGUGUCAGUGUUCGUUUCGUGUCAUGUUUUUUUUUUUUUUCACGUGUGUUAAUCCGUCUAACGAAAGAGAGAGAGAGAGAACAAUACUUGUCACACUGUAUAUAAUGUUUAUAUAAGAUCGAUACGGAAAGUAUUACACAAUAUGAGGUUGAAUCCCCCUUGUACAUAGAAGGCAGUUUCGUCAUUAAGUAACUGUAUAUAAGAGUCAAAUUUAUUUUUGUCUUGUAGUCUUUAAAAGCCAAGUCUUUUUAUUUUAUACUUUUCCGAUAUUGUGCAAGUUUACACACUGAUCCAUAAUUUAUUACAACGAACCAUAUAGACGAUGAUUUUUUUAUAUUCAGACGAGUCAAAAAACGAGUCAGCGUUUUUGUGAUAGUGACGUGUGUAGUGCUGUUUUGAAUAUUAUUGUAUGAUAUAGUAUAUUCAGAAUCUUAAAAUGAUUUAUUUAUAGAUGUCAGAUGGACUGUAUAGCUGUAGUUCCAUGCCAUUUACAUAUAUGUACGUAUAUAUAUAUAUGUACAUAAAUAUAUGUACGUAUAUGUGUGUGUGUGUAUGUAUGUAUGUAUAUAUAUAAGUAUAUAUGUAUAUAUUAUGUAAUAAUAUAUAUAUAUAUAUAUAUAUAUAUAUAUAUAUAUAUAUAUAUAUAUAUAUAUAUGUAUUGACAAUGUUCACUUUGACAUUCCACAAUGCAAGAAUGUGUUAAUGUGAGUGAAAGUUGUAAUAAGGAUAAUACUCGUUAUGUAAAAUACCACUGAAUUUAAACAUUUAAAUAAAUAUGGAGUCAA